AUGAAUGUCAAUUAUAAACGAUAUUCAAAAAGAAUUUCUUCAAAAUAUAUUGAAAAAGAGGAAAAUAAUGAAAAUAAUUCGAAUAAAUUUGAUAAUAUGAAUAUAAAAGAAAAUGAUUUAUUUAAUCGAACAGUUGCUGUUCAACAAUGGGUUGAAAGUUCUCAUCAUGAUAAACAUGUACAAUUUUCACAAAAUCUUACUUCAAUUAACAAAAAUAAUCAAACAAAACAAGUUUCAUCUUCAAUUUAUAAUAAAUAUAAUCAAAAUUCUGUUUCAAUUGAUGGAAAUAAUCAAUCAGGAAAUAUAUCAAAUGAUUUAUCAAAUAUUGUUUAUUAUGAUAAACAUCAACCAUUAACAACAGAUUCAAGAUUUUAUCGUACAUCUUAUAAUGAUAAUUUAUCUCAAACAACAAGAUUAAGUUCAUCACCAUCAUUAAUACAUUCACGUCAAUCUUCAUUUUCAUCCAAUCAUCAUCUUGAACAUGAACCUCAAACUGAACGUGAACGUACUUCUUCAAUAGUAUCAUCAAUUGAAUCAUCACCUUCUUACAUAUUAUCAUCAGUUAAUAAAGAUCAUUUAAGUUCGCUUGAAUUAAAUGAAUCAUUAUCAGAAAUCGAUCGAAAAAAAUUCGAUGAUAUUCGUCAAUUAGUUUCUGAUGAAUUUGAAAAUCUUGUUCCAACAUUAAUUAAAUUAGGUGUUAUUUUAAUACCAAAGAAAUUUUUCGAAAUAAAUACUGAAAAUAUGUCUGGAAAAGAUUUAACUGAACGUCAUAGAUUAAUAUUACUAAUUAAAAAAGAUCAAGAGAAUAUUAAAUAUAAAGAAUAUAUUGAAAAUCUUUAUCUAUCUCAAUCAUAUGAUGAUAAUAUUAUUAAUAAAAGAAAAACUUUAAGAGAAACUCUUUCAUAUAAAGGUCAAUUAGCAUUACUUUCAACUUAUCAAGAUGAAAUUGAAUGUGAAUUAAAUGAAAAAAUUCCACAAUGGAAAUUAAUAUCAUUUGAAAAUAAUCGAACAAAUUUAUCUGAAUAUUCUUAUUCAACAAAUCAAUCAUCUUUUAUUUCAAAUUCAUUUCAAUUAAGAAAAAAAUCUCAUCGAAAUAGUUCAGUUUCAAUUAAAUCAAAUAAAGAUUUAUUAUUAACAAAUAAUCAAAAUUAUUUCUUAACUCUUUCAUUACCUCAAGUUAUUGAUAAUCAAUGGUUAAAUAAAACAAUUGUUCAUUCAAUUGAACAAGCAAUGAUUUUAUUAGAUAGAAUUAGAUCAUUAUCUUCAAACAAUUUAACUAAUAUAUCAUCAAAUCAUUUAUUUAUUCAACAGAAUAUCUUUAAUAAAGAACAAAUCGAUUUUGUCAAAGCAUUUAAACAAUGGUCAUUACUUAUUUCUAUUCUAUAUACAUAA